ACAUGUGUGUCGUUCUAGUCACAGAUAUUAAUAACUAACAUAAUUAAGUCACGGUACCAUUGCAAUUGAGUGGCUUGACAGCUGGCUGAAAAGCGGUGGAUAGAUAACUCUAUAAAUAUGGCUACACGUCGGCUAAUCCACUCAGUGCGCGGCUACAGCAAGACCGCAUGUCGAGCAAUCAAAUUGACUGGAAUGGCACAACCGAUGGCAACUGGUCACAGCACUGGUCCCAUGUACAACACUCAACGUUGCGGCCCCAGGCACAACAAAUCCGCAUCCAAAUCCAACACUGAAAUGCCUAUCAAGUGCCUAUCGACGGCGGCAGCUAAUCAACAGCAGGACCGUACCCUGGAGGAGCUGGUCUUCGAUCCCAAGGGCGAGCUGCGCAGCAAUAAUAGUAACGCGGAUCGAGACAAUGCUGAAUUUGAGAGGGCCAUCAAUCAGCUGAACUCGCUGCAAUCAAACGAGGCGACCCUGCUGCACUCUGUGAACAAUCCCAAGAAGAACCCCAAGCUGGAUACCCUGAAGUAUCUGGAGCGCAGCGGCCUAACCAUGGACACACUCCAGAAGCUGUCGUUUAUUCAUGUUUCAGGCAGCAAGGGCAAGGGCUCCACUUGUGCUUUGACCGAAUCGCUGCUGCGUCAUCAUGGAGCACACACUGGCUUCUAUACGUCGCCGCAUCUGGUGGCCACCAACGAGCGCAUCCGGGUGGAUGGUCAGCCCAUGUCGAAGGGAAAGUUCGCGAGGACUUUCUGGAAGGUCUUCAAUCGGCUGAAGGAGAGCCAGGGAGCGGAAGAGGAUAUGCCGGCGUACUUCAAGUUCGUCACGAUUCUGGCCUUUCACGUGUUCGUCGAGGAGCGCGUGGAUGUGGCCCUGCUGGAGGUGGGCAUCGGCGGGGAGUAUGACUGCACCAAUGUGGUGCCGAAUGUCGGCACCGUGGGCAUCGUGUCGCUGGGCCUGGAGCACACCGAUCUGCUGGGCACGACACUGGGCGAGAUUGCGUGGCAAAAGGCGGGCAUCAUCAAGCCCGGCUCGCAUGUCUUCACCAAUGUCGACCAGACGGAGUGCCUGGAGGUGAUCUGCCAGCGGGCGCAGGAGAAGAAGGCCGUCGUGCACGUGGUCCCACCCACGCGGGAAUACUUCCGCUCGGAGAUAGGUGCCAAGCUCUGGGACAGCUGCAACGAGAUUAUCCAUCUGAAUGGCUCGCUGGCCAUUCAGUUGGCCAGCGACUGGCUGCGCCGCACCACCGGACCCCUCCACCACGACUACGAUCUGGAUGCGGUGAGGCUCGAGCCGAAGAUGCUGCUGGGCCUACAGAAUACCCACUGGCCUGGCCGCUGCCAGAUGGUGGAGUACAAAGGGCUGCGCCUGCACUUGGACGGUGCCCACACCGUCGAGAGCAUGACCGUCUGCACGCAAUGGUUUGCCAAGAACAUCAAAAAUAAUUCCUGUCCCAAGAUUUUGAUCUUCAAUCGCACCCGAGGCACGGAGUAUCGUCCGCUGCUCACGCUGCUGGUUCGCUGCUGCGACUUCGACAUGGUUUGCUUUACGCCCAAUGUGGCAUUCCCCGAAACGACUGUGCCCAGCCAGCUGAUGGUGCGCAUCAGCAUGAAGAAUCAGUUGAUUCGUGCCAAAGAUUUUGCCACCCAAUGGACCGAGGUGUGCGAGAGGGAGAACAAGCCCGAUCGCGGCCAGGUGUUCGACAGCGUGACGGAAGUGUUCAAUGCCAUUCGCGGGCGCUAUGACAGGCACAGUGGGCAGCAGCUGGAGGUGCUCGUCACGGGCUCCAUACACUUGCUGGGCGCCACCAUUUCUGCUCUAGGCUUCAUGGAGGAAUCGCGCACCUGACAAGCCAGGAAGUUGUAUCAUCAGUAGCUCAAAAAAGAGAAACAAUUGACAAGCGGAUCCUUCGAUCCUUCGAUCCUUUUACACCUCGCACGACCUAUGCACACACAUCUGUAGAGAAUAAUUUAGAAGCCACAACAAAUAUUUAAACCUAUUCUAAACAUUCCCAUAACUCCAAAUGAAAAGGAAGAAAUAUACAAAGGAUUUUGAAUCGUU